AUGAGUUCCUUUCCACCUCCUCCUACUCAGUCCCUAGAAUGGGAAAAGCUCGGGAUUGCACCUAUGGAUGUAAACGCUCAUGUCGAGUGUGAGUAUUCGGUAUUCACUGGCCAUUGGUCCGAGCCCCGACUGGUUGAGGAUCCUUUGCUGCGCAUCCAUGGUCUCGCGCCCGGGCUCAAUUAUGGUCAACAAGCAUUCGAGGGCAUGAAAGCCUAUCGUGACCCUCAAGGCCAGAUCAACGUCUUCCGCCCCAAGGACCAUGCAGCCCGGCUGGCCUUGUCGUGUUCCGCAGUUGCUAUACCCACCAUUCCAGAGGAACUCUUCCUGCGUAGUGUCAAUCUCGCCAUUGCCGGGAAUGCUGAGUAUGUGCCACCGCACGAUACAGACGCUGCGCUCUACAUUCGACCUCUGGUAUUCGGAUCCGAUCCUUUCUUUGCCGUCUCCGCAGGCACAGGGUACAAGUUCUGCAUCUACGUCCAGCCCUACAGGGCCUACCACGGAAGUCAGCCUAUACCCGCCUUGAUCCUGGAAGACUUGGAUCGAGCUGCUCCUAAAGGUGUGGGCCAUGUCAAGGUUGGCGGAAAUUAUGGACCCGUCCUGAAAUGGAGUGAUCAGGCUCGUGCUGAGGGAUACUUCAUCACUCUACAUCUCGACAGCCGGACCAAUUCCGAGAUUGACGAGUUCAGUACCUCCGGGUUCAUUGGAUUGAAGAAAACUGGAGACUCUUUCACAGUGGUGGUGCCCAGUAGUCGCUCUAUUCUGAAGAGUGUGACCAGCACCACAUGCCUAGACUUGGCAAGAUCCAUGGGUUGGAAUGUUGAGAUUCGCCCGAUACCAUAUUCUGAGCUCCAAUAUUUCGAUGAAGUCAUCGCAGUCGGUACUGCGGCAAUGCUGGUCUCUAUCAGGUCGAUCACCCGGAGGUCUACUGAGGAGACUUUCACAUAUAACACUGACGGCUCUGGUGAUGGUUGCAAGCAGCUCCAACAGGCUCUUUUGGAUAUUCAGAAAGGAAAAGUUAAGUCCGACGAGGACUGGCUAUGGCAGGUUUUGCCCAUUGAGCAGGGAGCUGAUGAUAAAAAUGCAUGA